CCUCCCUCCUCUUGGCCCCCAGAUCAGAUCAUUCACUGUCUGGCCGUCAGUCAGAGUGAAACCGUCACAGAGACGAGAUGAGUGGACGAGUGGGUGACCUGAGCCCCAAACAGGCUGAGAUCUUAGCAGAGUUUCGGGGGAAGAUUCAGGACAUUCUCCCUAACCUGCCUGCUCAGCAUGACCACUACCUCCUGCGCUGGCUCAGAGCUCGGAGUUUCAAUGUUCAAAAGUCUGAAGUUAUGAUCAGAAAGCACGUGGAGUUCAGGAGGCAGAUGAAAGUCGACACCAUCGUCUCUGACUGGAAGCCUCCAGAGGUGAUUGAGAAGUACAUGGCUGGAGGACUGUGUGGUUAUGACAGAGAGGGCAGCCCAGUCUGGUACGAUGUGAUUGGUCCUCUGGAUCCUAAAGGUCUGCUGCUGUCGGCCACCAAACAGGACUUUCUGAAAACUAAGAUCCGACACGCUGAGAUGCUGCAACGAGAGUGUUGUUGGCAGUCGGAGAAGCUGGGAAAAAGCAUUGAAGCCAUCACUCUGAUCUAUGACUGUGAAGGACUGGGACUCAAACACAUCUGGAAACCUGCAAUAGAGACGUACGGAGAGAUUCUCACCAUGUUUGAGGACAACUAUCCCGAGGCGCUGAAGAGAGUGUUUCUAAUCAAAGCUCCCAAAAUGUUUCCCAUGGCCUACAGCCUGAUCAAACACUUCCUCUGUGAGGAAACACGACGCAAGAUCAUCGUCUUAGGAGGUAACUGGCAAGAUGUUCUUUUGAAGCACAUUGAUCCUGAGCAGCUUCCUGUGGCGUACGGAGGAAAUCUGACCGACCCUGACGGUGACCCUCGCUGCAGAACAAUGAUCAGGUACGGGGGCACAGUACCCAAGUCCUACUACGUCCAGGAGUCGGUGAAAGUUCAGUAUGACAACAGCGUGACCAUCAGCCGUGGCUCCAUCUACCAGUUGGAGUGCGACGUUGCCGCGCCCAAGAGUCAACUGAGGUGUCAGUUUGCCAGUGACGGAGCGGACAUUGGGUUCGGUGUCUACAGACGGACCAAAGAGGGGGGUCAAAAGGUGGCCGACAUGCUGCAGGUGCUGCCCAGUGAACGUUACAACGCACACCUGGUCCCCGAGGACAGCUGGCUCAGCCUCCCUGAGGCUGGAGUGUACGUGCUGUGCUUCGACAACAGCUACAGCAUCCUUCAGUCCAAAAAAGUCAGCUACAAAGUGGAGGUUCUUCCUCCUCCACUGGACGGACAGACGCCAAGUCCAACCAGCCGAGGGACUGUCCGGCUGCAGUGACCUUGACCUCGACCACACGGGCACAGACGUCUGGUCAUCUACCCCCGACCCUAGGUUGAACAUUAACUCUGUGGUUACAUCCUGGUCAGACUGUCCUUUUCCUGGCUGAGACAGAGGACAGAGGACAUCUUCACAUCCCUGGACUGAAGUGACUCACUCUGACUCCUUCUGUUGUCAGUCGAUGUGACUCGUCUACGUCUGUAGUACCAAUGCUGUUUAAAUACUAUCUCAGGUCCUGGACUGAAUAUAUUAACCCAGGUUAAAAUAUACUUAUAUAUACUUAUAUUACUGCAUGUAAUGUGACUACAGUACGAGUACCACCGUGUACUCAGUCGUGUACGUUAUUAAAUUGAACUAUAAUUUAGAAAUGGAUGUUAGAGUCAGGUUCAAAACCAGACUGUAGCAGCAGAGAACAUGGAUCAACAGCCAAGGUCAUGUGAACACACCAUGAUCACUGUGUCACAUGGUCACUCACCUUGUCUGUGACCUACAGGGUUUCCUGUCCCGCCCUCGUGCUCUGCUGAAGACAAACCCUUGAUGAUCAUUAUUUCUAGAAUGUAUGGAAGCUCCUCCACUGGACUAAUGCUGUCUGUAAUAAAGGCUGUUACCGUGGAAUCA